UUAUUCUUUAAUUCUCAAAGCCCUUAUCUAUGAUUCUUUCUUUUACAACUCUCACAAGUAAAACAAAAUACGAAAAAAAAGAAUUCUUCCCAAUUUAUUAAACAAACAUUCAGUUUCCUUAUUCCUUAUUCCAAGAUUCAUGUCACCUCCACAUUUAGUUUCAGUCUACCUCUCGGUGGUCGCUUCCAGAGAGCUCCCUCUCGUCUUCCAACUUCCUGCCCAGAACCUCCCCAGUGCACUUGCUGUCCUCUUGUUUGUUAAAGGUAUUUGCCACACUUGAGCAUUUCUGCCUUCCCAAAUUCCCCAACACAGCAACACCAAAAUGCACCAGUCCUCCUUACUACUCCGCUCAAAAAUUGCUUGCACCCAUUUUAGGAAAUCUGUAGCAGAAACUGCUAUCCCUCCCCAACCCACCUGAGACCAAAUAGUGGUGGCGCACAGACAUGAAACAAAGAGAUGCAAUGAUUUUUCCAUUGCCUCCCCACACAUGCCUUCAAGAGGACAAGCCACCCUUCUGCUGUGUAACGCAUCCCUCAACAGGAGACACCCACUACAGAGCUGCCAGAAGAAGCACUUGACCUUCGGCGGGAGUUUCAGCCUCCACAUAGCAGUCCAGCACAUCCAACCAUCUCCUGAAAGCUCUCCAGUAACUCUGCGGAUUUUCAUGGGUUGGCGGUAGCAGGAGCGCAUUUCCUGAGUGUCGUCCGGGUCUCUGAGCCUCUGAGGAAUGUUAUUAUAUGUUGGCUGAGGUUGAUAAGUGUAUGGCUAGUUUGGAAGAGCUGCAGUACACAGUGAAAGGAAGGGGUAGGGGGAUGAGUUCUGGAGUGGGUCUUAGCCCUAGAAGGACUAACCAUAGGUGUAAACAGGAAUCUCUCAGGAUCAGGAAUGCUACUUCUAACAAGUCUCCCCAAGGAAAGCUGCCUAUAAAUGCAGAAAGGAAGAAUGAGAAUGGAGACGGGUGGCUAGGCGGCGGCGAUGAGUUGGAGUGCAGCUGUGCGGAUGCAAAAUGGAGGAGAUGGCUGCGGCCUGGAGACGACGGCGGCGCGCCAUGGGGACGGCCGCAACGAGCAGACGUGAAGACGGCUGCGACUGCGGCUACAGGUAGGCGGUAAGACAUGGGGCGGGGAGGUGCCGCGACAUGGUGAUGGCUGUGGCAUGGAGACGGCGGCGGUUGUGGGUAGGCGGAAGCAUGUGGACGGCUAUGGCGAUGGUGGAGUAGGUGCCAUGGCGAUGGUGGAGUAGGUGCCAUGGCGAUGGUGGCAGCGGGUGCCGCAGCGAUGGGUGCGGCUGUUGCUGCGGCAAUUACUGGUGGCUAGGGUUUUGAGAAAAUGAGUAGAAAGUUAGGGGUUUAACAUUAUUUAUUUAUUUAUUAAUUAAAUAUUACGAAUUUAAGUAUUAUUUUAGGAAAAAACUAAUAAGGUCAUACAUCGGGAAAAUAAAUGAAAUUUAGUCAUACCUAGAAUAAUUUUCUCCAAUUAACAAUAUCUCGUACUUCAUAUGUUUUAUCAAAUGUAGGAUGUGUCUACUUGUACACAUCAUUUGUACAUAGUUGUUGUACACACUAUCCAGGGACGGAUUUAAGGGGGGCGGGGGGCGACCGCCCCCCUUCGACUUUCAAAAUUUUCUACUAUGUUUGUUAUAUUUUCAUACUUUAAUUAGAUUUAUAUGUUUUCACCCCCCUUAACUUUUAGUUUUCAAAAUUAAUAUAUAACAUUACAUAAUGUAAUAUAUAAUUGGAGAUUUGAAAAAGUAACAGCUAAAUAAUUUACAUAACUUAAAUGAAUAAACAAUAACACUACUCAUUGUUUAAGACAUAGGAUACCUAUCUAUAUAAUAUAAUAAAGCAAACUCCUAAAGACUGGGAAAGAGUGGAGGAGUUAUCGUGGAAGGGGAAAGGUUGUAGGGAGAGAAAGAGGUGAAGAGAAAAGGAGGAAGUGAAUGCUAAGAGUGGAGUUUUGGAAGACUUAAAUAUUCGCCUCGCUAUAUUGAAUGAAAAUUAACUGCAGAGCCCUAUGCUAGCGAAACAAAUUCGCCCCGCUACAGUAGCGAUUUUUUUCACCCCCUAUAGUAACGAAAAAAUUUCGCCCCCCUUGAUUCAAAAUCCUGGAUCCGUCCCUGACACUGUCCAAUUGUCUAUGUUUGCGCGAGCUUCUCAACGAGGUGCAUGUGUAUGUACACAUGCAACUAAAGGUUGUCCAUAACAAAUGGCUACACAUACAUACAUACGGAGUAGUAUUUAUUUUUGUCUGUCCCAUAUGUACUAAAUUAGGUAGGUCGAUGUACUUGCAUGGCCCAUGCAAGUUAAU